AUGGAGACGGUGUUAGUUCUACUGGCUUUGCUUGGUCUUCAAGCGAAUUGUCAUGUAAUUAACGAGCGAUAUGACACUAUAGUUGUCGGUCUGGGUGCUGCCGGAGCUACAGCAGCUUCAACACUAGCUAAGUCUGGCAAGAGAGUGUUAGCGUUGGAGGCCCAGGACAGGGUCGGGGGAAGAGUUCACACGGUGGAGUUCGGAGAUGGAGUAGUGGAACUAGGAGCUGAAUGGAUUCGUGGGAUAUACUACAGUCCAGUGUACGAAGCAGCGGUCGAAAACAACAUAACUUUAUUAAAGCAGGAGUAUAAAGGAUCUGUUUAUAAAUCUGAUGGCACUUUAGGAGACAAUGUUGUGGUUGAAUUGAUAAUGUUCUGUCUUCAAAUGAAGGACACUUCUCCUGAGAAACCUGAACCUCUUGGACAAUAUAUAACAAAGAAGUUAACGGCGUAUCUAGAACAGAAGUAUCCCCAUUUUUUGAACGACACGGAGUUCAUGAAGGAGCUUCUUGAAAUAGCUGAUGUUCUUGUUGAUGGAUACGAAGGUUCGAGCAACUGGAACGACGCAUCUUCCAACAGAAAGUACGUGCCACUAGGAGGCAGUCACGACAUGAGCUGGCAUAGGCAUGGAUAUCAGACGUUCUUGGACAUUUUACUGAAAAAAUAUAGGAAUGGCCCAGGCUGGCCCACGUUGGACAUCGAAUUGAACAAAGAAGUGAAAUUAAUAAAGUGGCCGAGAGAUUCACCCGGAGACGUUGAGGUGAGCUGUGUUGAUGGAAGUGUCUACACCGCUGAUAAUGUUAUAGUGACGGUCUCACUCGGAGUCUUGAAGGAGAGGCAUCAAGAACUAUUCUCGCCGCCGCUGCCAGAGGAUAAAAUAAGAGCAAUAAACAUGAUGAGCAUUGGAGUUAUAGGAAAACUAAUACUCUCGUUUAAUGAGAAGUGGUGGACUGAAAAACCGAUUUAUAUUUUCCAAUGGUUGGAGUCUGACAAAGAGAGAUAUGAGAAGUGGCAGGUGGGGCUGAAAUCACUGUCAGCACCGAUGGGAUCCAAUAACGCUUUGACGUUUUGGACAGCCGGAGACGCUGCUAAAACUAUUGAAACAUUACCAGAGGAAGUUCUAAAAGCUAAGAGUAUGGAGGUAGUUCGUAUGUUCAUGGGAAAGAACAUGUCGAUCCCAGAACCGACGGGCGUGUUAAGAAGCACGUGGUUCUCUAAUCCAUUCACACGCGGCUGUUACUCCUACGACAAUCUGUUGAUGGCGGAGCACCCGAGCGCUAGGGCCGACCUCGGGGCUCCUCUGACGGACUCCAAGGGAGUCCCACGCGUGUUAUUCGCGGGUGAAGCUACACAUCCAACACAAUAUUCAACUGUACACGGAGCUAGUAAAUCGGGAUACAGGGAAGCGAUGCGAUUAUUGCCUGAUGAGAAUAAAUAA